CGCCGGGCCGCCCGCUCCGAGACCCGCUGCGUGGGCCCUGGUCGCGAUGGCCGACUUCGCUGAUGAUCUCUUCGCCGUCUUCGAGGCGGCGGAGUCCCCGCAGCGGCUCCCGGGAGCCGCAGGAGGAGCCACAGCAGGAGGAGGAGGCAGAGGAGGAGGCGGCGGCGGCCGAGCAGAGAGGAAUGUCCGCGGCUCGAAAGCCGGGACGAGCGGCAGAGGGGAGCGAGGCAAGCGAGAGGUUGAGGAGGCCGAGCCGACGGCGGUGGUGGACAAUGCCCCGCUCAGCAAGAAGAUCAAGCUCUCGGAGGAUUCCAACAUGUCGGACCUCAUGCCGAAGGUGAAGACGGUGCAAGUGGAGACGCUGGAGGGCUGCUUGCACGAGGUCGCCCUUCCGGCCAGCGAGGAGUACACGCCCCUGAAGCCCCGCGUGGGUCCUCCUGCCAAGGAGUAUCCCUUCGUGUUGGACCCGUUCCAGCGCGAGGCCAUCGCGUGUCUCGACAACGGACACUCGGUGCUCGUGUCGGCGCACACGUCGGCCGGCAAGACCGUGUGUGCCGAGUACGCGAUUGCGCUGGCGCUGCGCGAGAAGCAGCGCGUGAUCUUCACGAGCCCCAUCAAGGCGCUGAGCAACCAGAAGUACCGUGAGAUGUCCGAGGAGUUCCGUGACGUGGGCCUCAUGACCGGUGACGUCACCAUCAACCCCACGGCCUCCUGCCUCAUCAUGACCACCGAGAUUCUGCGAAGCAUGCUCUACAGGGGGUCGGAGGUCAUGCGAGAGGUGGCCUGGGUCAUCUUUGACGAAAUCCACUACAUGAGAGACGCAGAGCGCGGCGUGGUGUGGGAGGAGACGAUCAUCCUGCUGCCGAACAAUGUGCACUACGUGUUCCUGUCCGCCACCAUCCCCAACGCUCGCCAGUUCGCCGAGUGGAUCUGUCAUCUCCACGUCCAGCCGUGCCACGUGGUCUACACGGACUACCGCCCCACCCCGCUGCAGCACUACAUCUUCCCGGCGGGCGGGGACGGCCUCCACCUCGUCUUGGACGAGAACGGCGAAUUCCGCGAGGACAACUUCAGCUCGGCCAUGCAGGUUCUGCGGGACAUGGGGGACCUGGCCAAGGGCGACCAGAAGGGGCGGAAGGGGGGCACCAAGGGCCCCUGCAACGUGUUCAAGAUCGUCAAGAUGAUCAUGGAGAGGAACUUCCAGCCGGUCAUCAUCUUCAGCUUCAGCAAGAAAGAUUGCGAGGCCUACGCCAUGCAGAUGACCAAGCUGGACUUCAACACAGACGAUGAGAAGAAGCUGGUGGAUGAGGUGUUCACCAACGCCAUCGACUGCUUGUCCGACGAGGACAAGAAACUGCCGCAGGUGGAGCACGUGCUGCCCCUGCUCAGGAGAGGCAUCGGCAUCCACCACGGGGGCCUGCUGCCCAUCCUCAAGGAGACCAUCGAGAUCCUCUUCUCGGAGGGCCUCAUCAAGGCGCUGUUUGCCACGGAGACGUUCGCCAUGGGCAUCAACAUGCCGGCGCGCACCGUGCUCUUCACCAACGCGCGCAAGUUCGACGGCAAGGACUUCCGCUGGAUAUCUUCGGGCGAGUAUAUCCAGAUGUCGGGGCGAGCGGGACGCCGCGGGAUGGACGAUCGCGGCAUCGUCAUCCUCAUGGUGGACGAGAAACUCAACCCGGCCAUCGGCAAGGCCUUGCUCAAGGGGCUGCCGGACCCCCUGAACAGCGCCUUCCACCUGACGUACAACAUGGUGCUGAACCUGCUGCGCGUCGAGGAGAUCAACCCCGAGUACAUGCUGGAGAAGUCGUUCUGCCAGUUCCAGCAGUACAAGGCCCUGCCCGACAUGAUUACCAAGCUGAAGAUGUUGGAGCAGAUGUACAACGGCACGCAGGUGCCCGAGGAGGAGAGCGUCUGCGCCUACUUCAAGAUCCGGCAGCAGCUGGCGCGCCUCGCCCGCGACGUCGAGGAGUUUGUCCGCCGCCCCAAGUACUGCAUCCCCUUCCUGCAGCCGGGCCGCAUGGUCAAGGUUAGGAACGAAGACGACGACUUUGGUUGGGGCGUCGUCGUCAACUUUCACAAGAAGACCAACACGAAGAUCGUCGCCAGUGCGGAGCCGGAGGCGCUGUACGUGGUGGAGGCGCUGCUGCGCUGCUCGCGGGAGAGCGCACGGCUCCCCCACACCGAGGCCUCCAAGCCCCCGCGGCCCGGGGACAAGGGGGAGAUGCAGGUGGUGCCGAUCACGCUGGGCCUCAUCACGGCACUGAGCAGCGUGCGUCUCUACCUCCCCAAGGACCUGCGCUCCCACGACAACCGGCAGAGCGUCAUCAAGUCCAUCGAGGAGGUGCACAAGCGCUUCCCGGACGGCGUGCCGCUGCUUGACCCUGUGGACGACAUGGGCAUCAAGGACCCGGGCCUCAAGAAGCUGGUGCAGAAGGUGGAGGCGUUUGAGCGGCGAAUGUUCUCCCACCCGCUGCACGCGGACCCCGCCCUCGAGGAGCUUUGCCGGCGCUGCCAGGACAAGAUGCAGCUGGCGGUGGAGGUGAAGGCGGCCCGCCGCGAGUUGAAGCGUGCCCGCACCGUGCUGCAGGCCGACGAGCUCAAGAACCGCAAGCGCGUCCUGCGCCGCCUGGGCUACUGCUCGCCCAGCGACGUCAUCGAGGUCAAGGGGCGCGUCGCCUGCGAGAUCAGCAGCGCCGAUGAGCUGCUGCUCACCGAGAUGCUCUUCAACGGCGUCUUCAACGAGCUCACGCCGCAGCAGUGCGCCGCCCUGCUCAGCUGCUUCGUGUUCCAGGAGAAGGGAAUGGAGAUGUCCCGACUCACAGAGGAACUCGCGGCCCCACUCCGGCAGCUCCAGGAGUGCGCUCGCCGUAUCGCCAAGGUGGCGGCGGAGGCGAAGCUGGGCUUGGAGGAGGACGACUACGUCUCGUCCUUCCGGCCGGACCUCAUGGACGUCGUCCACACCUGGGCCAACGGAGCCUCCUUCGCCCAGAUCUGCAAGAUGACGGACGUGUUCGAAGGCACCGUGAUCCGUUGCCUGCGCAGGCUCGAGGAGCUGCUCAAGCAGAUGUGCCAAGCGGCCAAGGCCAUCGGCAACGUGGAGCUGGAGAACAAGUUCUCUGACGGAAUCAUGCGGAUCAAGAGGGACAUCGUGUUCGCCGCCAGCCUCUACCUGUGACGACGACGAUAACAACGACAACAACUACGUCAACAACUACGUCAACAACUACGACAACAACUACGUCAACAACUACGUCAACAACAACGACGACAACAACUACGACCACGACGACGACGAUCGUAAACGCCACGCGGUGGGACUUAGAGACGCCGCCUCUUCCACGUCGUUCGUUGCGCGUCGUCCUGGAAACGGUGGCGAUGAAAAACGGCAACCACCACCACCGCGGCGACGAUGACGACGAUGACGACGCCAGUGAGACAUGUCCACGAUCCAAUUGAGCGGGAGACCGGGGUUGGUGGAUCAGAGCGGGAGCCGGUAGCUGCGACUAGCGGGACGGGGACGACGCUCGUCACGACCACCACCACCACCACCGAUGGUGGUGCGGGGAUUUCAACGCGCGUAGUUGUUCGUUCGCUCUCGGCAGAACGAGAGCACCAAGGACAUUGAGAGAAAAUGUUUCGGAGGUGCCGAGAGAAACCUCUCGGCCAAGCGGGCAACGGCGGCCAGAGCCUGCUCCCCCAACAAUUGCCCAAGCUCUGUGAUCCUACAUUGCGACGUUUGACCAACUGGGUGAGUGAAUGAAUGGAUACAUGCGGCAGGAGAAAGCGCACGCGAAGGGGGUGUGCGAGUGGGUUGGCGGUAACAAUCGGUCGACAACCAUUGUCCCAAGCUCACGGUCCGACAUUAUCUGGUUGUCCCCACGAGCUACAAUCUCGACGGGCGGGCGGAGCGGGAAUUUUAUCGGCAGUGGUAAAAGGCGGGCCGGUUUCUGUCAGCGCCGCGUUUUUAUUUAGUUAAGCGCCGGCAAAUCUAUCGUUGCUUUUUUUAUCAUCAUCAAUCGUCGGUGCCGUCGCGAUCUCUCCCCUCGUGUCGACUGCGUGACCCCCGACCCCCCUCACCCCUCCACCAGGCUGCCCCCCCCCCCCACGCCGUCGGAAAACCUCGAACCGGCGCAUCGCCGCGGUAGUCACAGUAGGAGCGCCGCGUGGGGUUUGGCUGCGUUGGUGGCCUGGCGUUUUUUGCGUCUCCUUUUCACUCGGCGCGGUGCGGUGGGGGGGGGGAAAGGGGGCUUGGCGAUUUCUCAACCGCGCGCGUUCCGGCUCGGCGCUUGGGUGUUUAAAGAGCGGCGCCGGUUUCUGUUUUACUUCCACGGUUUUUGACCGUGCCGCCGGUUACAGUUCGCGAUCUUUCAUUAAAAACCGGCGCAUUUAUCAACCGGGGCUUUGCCGUGA